AUGAAAUGCAAGACGCCUCGCCUCACGGGACGAUCAAUAGAUAAUAGCGACAGUACUGUCGCGCCAGCAAGCCGUAGCUACUUCAACAGAGUCACCGGCGACAACAGAAUCUUCAACCGAGUCAUCAACGCCACGGUAAUCUUCAACCGAGUCACCAACAACAGAAUCUUCAACCGAGUCGCCAACGACAACAGUAAUCUUCAACCGAGUCGCCAACGACAACGGAAUCUUCAACCGAGUCGCCAACGACAACGGAAUCUUCAACCGAGUCGCCAACGACAACGGAAUCUUCAACCGAGUCGCCAACGACAACGGAAUCUUCAACCGAGUCGCCAACGACAACGGAAUCUUCAACCGAGUCGCCAACGACAACGGAAUCUUCAACCGAGUCGCCAACGACAACAGGAAUCUUCAACCGAGUCGCCAACGACAACGGAAUCUUCAACC